CGACAAGACCCUCGCGGAGCAUCUGCAGUUGCCAAUUCAACGAAUCAACGACUACCAACUACUCCUGAAGGAGUUGGUAAAGUAUUCACAGAAGUUGGGAGAUAACGUCUCCGAUCUACAGAAGGCCCUCGAGUUGAUGCUAAAUAUCCCCCAUCAGGCGAUUGACAACAAGUUUAUCGCUAGCAUCGAGGGAUAUCGCGGCAAUAUCCACAAACUAGGACGUCUUCUCACCCACGAAUGGUGGACAGUCGUUGAUCGCGAAGGGAAGCCCAAAGAGCGCUAUCUUUUCCUGUUUAAAGCCCGCAUCCUCAUCUGCAAAGUCCGACGCAUCUCAGACGAUCGAUCAGUCUUCGUUCUCAGGGACAUCGUUAGGCUUCCAGACGUUGAGAUCAAGGAUCACUCAGACGCAGCCAAGUUCGAGCUCCACCCAAAGACACCUGGAGCAGCGGGAUCGGCAUCGCUUCCGCUGAUCUUUCACGCCCACAGCGCGGAGGGCAAGACAAGGUGGUUGAAGGAGAUCCGCCUGUACGCCACUGAUCAGGUUGCUCUGCAAGAGCACGCCACUGACGAUCUGCGCAUAGAUCCCAAUCAAGUGCAGCAGGACACAGGACCGGUCCUCAGACUCCCGCAUCGCAUCGAACCGGACAAUCCGGACGCAGGAAUUCGCCCGUCUGACGUCGCGAAGGACUUCUUCCUGCCCAAGAAGGCCAAAGCCAACGCCGAAUCGGCUGAAGUUCUCAAGGAAGUGAGUGAAACUGUGUCAAAGGAUCAACGUUCAAGAUCCAGUGAGAGAAAGUUACAGCGCACAACUGCGCUUGAAGUGUCCACAGAAGAGACUCAAGUGUCCCAAAGUGCGGUGAUCAAGACUGAAGUGGUCAGUGAUAGCAAUAAGGAGAAUCUCCCACCGGAGAAGAGCAAAUUAAAUAGUGGCAGUGAAAAGUGUGUUGACGAGCCGCCAAGUAAGCAAUUGAAGACCGAAAAGUCGCCGGAAAAGAAGAAAAGCUCGCCUGAGAGAGUGUCUAAAAUUCCAGUGAAGAAGGCUUCGCCUGAGCAGGAAGUGAAGACAAGUGAAGCAAAGACUGUUGAGCCGGAAAAAGCGAAGGUAGUGACUGAAGUGCCAAAAGAAGCCAAGAAAGAGACAGUUCAGGAAUCUGUGAAGACAGAAGUGAAAGUUCAAGAGGCGGAGAAACCAAAAGAACAACCAAAGGAAUCUGUGAAAUCGGAAGUUGAGAAGCCUAAGCAAGAAGUGCCAAAACAGCAAAAGGAGCCUGAAAAACCAAAGACAGUUCAGGAACCAGUAAAAGCAGAAGCACAGAAGGAACCUGAAAAGCCGAAGGUAGUUCAGGAAUCUGCGAAACCAGAAGCAAAGAAAGAGACAAAGAAGGAACCUGAGAAACCAAAAGCGGUUCAAGAGCAACCAAAAGAAGUUCAGAAAGAACCUGAAAAACCGAAAACAGUUCAAGAGCAACCAAAAGAAGUUCAGAAAGAACCUGAAAAACCGAAAACUGUUCAAGAUUCUGUAAAAUUAGAAGCACAGAAGAAACUUGAAGAACCGAAAACAGUUCAAGAACCUGUAAAGUCGGAAAAAGAAAAGCAAGAAGUACCGAUAGAAGCUCAGAAAGAACCGGAAAAGCCGAAAACAGUUCAAGAGGAAGCAGUAAAGUCGGAACCGGAGAAAGCUGCUAAAUCGGAAACAGAGAAACCGAAAGCAGAUCCGCCGAAGAAGGUAGAUAAUCCCAUUUCUCCUGUCAGCGCUGGAAGUGAUAAGGGUGCCAAGGACAAGCCAUCAGUGACAUUCGAUCGCGCAGCAGACGGUCAGGACAAGGCGUCGGAGAAGGUCUCCGGAUCAGAGUCAAGUAAGGGCGUACCCUUGAAGAAAAUCCUCUCGAAACCCAUCGAAGAUCCCGACCCGCCAGACCGCAAGGAACCUCCCCGCGGCGGUGGCGAUCGCCCACCCUCCACCACUGUUAUUCCCGACUUCAAUCCCCCGCCACCGCUAGUCUACCACACGACCUUCGAGGUCUCCCUCCACAAAGAACCCCUCCCGCCACCUCCAGUGCCACCCACAAUCUCCCACAAGAUUAUCGUGCACACUGAGAGCCUUGAGCAGCGCACGGCGGACUUCCUCAGUGGGAAAUGCCAAUUGGACCCCGUGAACUACUCCUUGGAGGCGGCACAGAGUAAAUUGCGCGACAUCAAGUCCACUGUACACAAGUCCAAAGACACAUCAGAUCGCGUUGAGGACACGGUGUGGAAGGCAAAGUGUGGGGUGUUCGAUAAGAUUCCAGCGCCGCCGCCACCAGAGCCGCAGCGUCCCAAAGUAUAUGACAUUGUGGAGAUUGUCGAGCCACCUGGAGAAUGUGCUAAGUUGCCUGAGGAUCUCCAGAAGCAGUACGACAUCACCAAGGAAUUAUUGAUAGCAAAGGGUGAACAGAAAAUGGCAAGCAGAUAUUCAAGUUCGCGCUUCUCGCGCAAGAGUCAAGCCGGCGAUAAGGCGUCAUUUGAGAUCCAGUUGGAGGCCGAGCCGACUUCUGUGACAUGGUUGAAGGACAACAAGCCCUUGGACGAUCGUCUCGCGGAUCGCAUUAAGAAGGGCGAAUUGGCCAACAACACAUACAAAUUGGAGCUUCAGCACUGCAGCGAGGACGACAGUGGAUUGUACACGGCCAGAGCCAACAACGGUGCGGAUUCAGCAACUUGCAGUGCCCAAUUGAUCGUGCAGAAGAUGUCGGCGGAGAAGAAGAGGGAACUGGCCGAGGCCAAUGCGCCAGUCUUUACCAUUCGCCUGAAGGACACGGAAAUCAUGGAGAACACCUUCCUUCGCUUCAUGGUGAAGGUCAAGGGUGAUCCUUCGCCGAAAGUGCAAUUUUUCAAGGAUGGCAAGGCCAUUCAAGCGGGUGAUUCUCACAUCGAGAUCAACAGCGAACGCGAAGAAGCUGGUUUCUACGAGUUGAUCAUUGCGGAAGUGAACAAGAGAGACGCCGGAAACUACUCGUGCACAGCCACAAAUAAACACGGAGAGGCUUCUUGUGAGGCUCACGUAACUGUUUGUGAGGACAAAGACAUCUUCGGUGAGUUGUCCGGAGGAAUUUUGCCACAGGGUGAAAAGCCCUCAUUCUCGUGGAAGCGAAACGGCCAGGCGUUCGAUCCGGAGGAGCGCUUCAAGGUGCUCCUGGGCGAUGACGAAGACUCUCUGGCCCUCGUCUUCCAGCACGUGAAGCCCGAGGACGCGGGGAUUUACACUUGUGUGGCACAAACAAGCACCGGAAAUAUCUCAUGCAGCGCCGAGCUCACUGUCCAGGGCGCUGUGCAGCAGCUGAUGCGUGAGCCCGAGAAGCCGCAGCUGAUCAUUGAGCAUCGGGAGCCCGUGGCCUCGAUUGGCGGAUCGGCCAUGCUGGAGCUGCAGUGCAAGGGCUACCCGAAGCCCGAGAUCCUGUGGAAGCACGACGGGAAGGUCGUGGAGCCCAGCGGCAAGUACAAGUUCCUGUACGAGGACUCCGAGAGCAUGUCGCUGGUGGUGAAGAACGUCACCACGGAGGACGCUGGAGUGUACACGAUCACGGCGUCUAAUGAGCUGGGUGUGGACAUGGCAGAGAUGAAUUUGGUGGUGAAGACACCGCCCAGGAUCAAAAAGCCCAAGGAUUUCACCUGUAUGGCUGAUGAGGUGUUCAAGAUGGGCGUGGAAGUGGAAGGCGUGCCGGCGCCCACUUGCAAGUUCUUCAAGGAAGGCAAGGAAAUCUACGAAACUGAGCGCGUGAAGUUCACCAGCUCCAAAGGCACGCAUAACAUUGAGUUCUACAACGCCAGCCUGAAGGAUAGUGGCGCUUAUUCAGUCAUCGCUACAAAUGAGGUGAGUCAGACGUCAGAGUUCUGGUCGCUCACAGUGAAUUCCGCCCCGAAAGUCACCAAGAAGCUCGGCGAGCAGAUCAUCGUGGGUGAGAAGGAGGACAUUGUCCUCACAGUGAGGACGGAUUCCUAUCCGCCGCCCACUGUGAAGUGGCUGAAGGACGGCAAGGAGCUGAACAUGAAGGACUCUAGGAUUCGCGUCCUCACUGAGGGAGAUGUCCACACACUCAUCAUCAGCGGCGCUUGUCGCACAGACGCCGCUCGCUACGGUGUGGAGCUGAUCAAUCAGCACGGCACAAUUCGCGACGAGACGACAGUGGACGUGCGCUGUGGCCCGCAGUUCAAGCAGAAGCUCAAAGACAUCACCGUCAAUGAGGGUGACACGAACAUUGAGCUCUCGGUGAGCGUCGAGGGCUUCCCCAAGCCCACCAUUCAGUGGUACAUCGACAGCACUGAGAUCUCGAGCACGCGCAACGAAUAUCGCCGCACGGAGGAGGGCGAGAAUUACAAGCUCAUCAUCAAUGAGAUCACGACGGAGAUGCGCGGCAAGUACUCUUGCGUGGUGAAGAACGAGUUUGGCAGCGACGAAACCGUGGCCAAUGUCACAGUUCAGUGCAAGCCGAAGCUGAAGAAGAAGCUGAGGGACACAGAAGUCAAUGCUGGGGAUGAUCUUAAGCUGGAAGUGGAGGUUUACGCCGUGCCAGAACCUCACGUCACUUGGUAUAAGGAUGGGCAGGAGGUUCGUGCUGAUGCCAGAAUCAAGAUCUCAAGGGACUCCCAGAGGCUCGAGAGCUACUGGUUGACGCUGAAUCUGGUGAAGGAAGCCGACGCUGGCGAAUAUGAGGUGAAAGUCAGCAAUCCUCUGGGCGUUGUUGAGACAAGAAGUCAAGUCACUGUUAUCAACAAAGAGGAGGAUUUAGGCAAUAACAUGCAAUUGAAGCAGAAAAAGAUAAUUCUGGAGGAGGAAACGGUUGAACUGCAAGAAGUUCAGGAAGAGCGCGAACCGGCAACAAAGUUGCACGUUAAGCAGGAAGAGGAAGAAAGGACCUUAAAGACAAGUCCCGAAUUGUCCAAGCAAACCCUCACUGAAUGUGUCAAGGUUGGCGAAUCUGGGGAAAGUGUACGCAUAUCUGUGCUUACGGAGGAGAGUCGUGAGGCCACGGUGUCAGGUGCCGAAGAAGCUCACACGGUGCACAAAAUGCGCGCCACGACGGUGAUUAUGGAGGAGGACAGCUCAAUGCAGGAGCCAACAGUGACGAAUAUCAUUCCGCCCAAUCGACCGCACGCCACGUCCUUCCAGGUGGAGGAAGUGGGCAGCUUCACCUUCACCAGUCACGACGAGUCCGUCACUUAUCAGACACUGGACGCCGCAGAGAGGCCUCUCCAUGGCGUCAUUGACGAGGGCGAGUCGGAUUGUGAGGUCAGCGUGGCUCACAAGAAGAUCUCCUCGCGCGGCGUGUCCAUAAUGUCCGCCUCUGAGGAUGAGAGCAGCUUCCGCAGCGGAAUGCUGUCGCGCGAAGUGUCCAUCGAUGAGGUGCAGAAGGACAUGGUGUUGGACGAAGGCUCCAUUAAGAUCCAAGUGACUGAGCGGAAGGCGGAGAGUUUUGAGACUUUUGUGGCCGAAAUGGAUGCCGGAGAGGAGAAUGAGUCCAGGAAGAAGCGAGGAAGACUCAUGGAGACUGCCGAAGCGGAGCAACACGCCCAAGACGAGGGCAGCCGAAGGAAAUCCGCUGCUGAGAGUGACGGAAAGGACAAACCGAAAGCCAGGAGAGGAACUCUGAUAGCAACUGUUGAGACUGAAGACGGUGCAGAAGAUGCUUUUGCCACGCACAAAGCUGACGAGGAGGAGAAAGCUGUUGAAAGUAAGACUGUGAGAUUGCUUAAGAAGGAGAAAGCAAAGCAGGAAGACAGCGAAUCCGACAGUCUCAAGCUCAAGAUCCGCGAUCUUGGCGAUGAAGAUGACGAUAAACGACAGAAGGGCAGAAGAUUUGAAGUACAGGAAACUGAAGAUGAGAUAGAAGAUAUCUUUGCCUCACACAAAUCCCAAAAAGCCGAUGAAGAAGACAAAGCAGUUGAAAGCAAAACCGUGAAACUUCUCAAGAAAGAGAAAGCUGAGCAGGAAGAUAGUGAAUCUGAUAGUUUGAAGCUUAAAAUCCACGAUCUCGCUGAUGAAGAUGACGAUAAACGACAGAAAGGAAGGAGAUUUGAAGUACAGGAAACUGAAGAUGAGAUAGAAGAUAUCUUUGCCUCGCAGAAAUCCCAAAAAGCUGAUGAGGAGGAAAAGGCCGUUGAAAAGAAGACUGCUAGAUUGCUCAAGAAGGAGAAAGCUGAGCAAGAAGACAGUGAAUCGGACAGUCUCAAGCCCAAAAUCCGCAAUCUUGGCGAUGAAGAUGAGGACAAGCGACAGAAGGGAAGGCGAUCGGAAGUGCAGGAGGCGGAAGAGGACGAUUCCAUUGAGGAAUUGCUAAAGCGUGGGGAGCGACAGAGAAGUGUUCUUGGUGACAUUCUCGAUAAGCAGCAGGAGAUCAAGAAAGAAGCCGUUCCUGAAAUUCUCAGCAGUGACAUUAAGGAUCACACUGUUUAUGAAUCCCUUCCGAUCUCCUAUGAGAUCUCAGCUCGUGGCAUUCCUGAGCCAGAAGCUAAUUGGAUGCACGAAGGAAAGUACGUUAAGGAGGAUGGAAACCGUGUGAAGAUCACUAAAACUGGGGAGAAGUUCAAAUUGGACAUUACCGAGGUGAAGAUGGAGGAUCAGGGCGAAUACAAGGUUGUGAUCCACAACAAACUGGGAGAAAAGGCGCAACAAGCUGUCCUCACAGUCAUCCCUGUUGCUGAGCUUCGCAAGCCAAUUUGCUUGUCUCCUUUGAAGGAUAUCGACGCCAAGAAGGACGAAUUCGUCUCUUUCACCACCACUUUGACCGCCGAUCCUCUGCCUGACGUUGUCUGGUGCAAGAACGGAAAGGAAAUCACCUCCGAUGGCUUCAUAGACAUCAAGCAGAGUGUCAAGGAGCUCGAGCAUGGACUCAAGGAGAUCACCUACUCGCUCAACAUCCCCACGGCGCGUCACCAGGACACUGGAGAUUACUCGAUCAAGGUGAAGAACAAGUACGGCUACGCUGAGGCCAGUGCGCAUCUCGAGGUGUAUCUGAAGCCAGAGAUCAAGGGCCUGAAGGAUCAGUCGGCGGAGCCUUACGAUGAGAUCAUCUUCGAGUGCGUCAUUCAUGCCAAUCCCAGGCCGAAGGUUGUCUGGACGAAGAACGGUCAGAAUCUCUGCACGAACGACAACUUCGAGGUGAUCGCGGACGUUGAGCGCGAAACUUACAAGCUGAUCGUCAAAUCUGCUGUGCCCGAAGAGGGUGGAUCUUACACUGUCACGGCGAGCAACAGCGAGGGAGAGACGCAAGGCUACGUGCAGCUGCAUCUGCACGUGGAGAAGCCCACCUUCAUCAAGCUGCCCGAGGAUCAGAGCGUUCACGAUUACGCCGAGGUGAUCACGAAGGUGCGCGCUCAGGGCGUGCCGAAGCCCGAAAUCAAGUGGCUGAAGGACGGCGAGGAGCUGAACAUGAACAACAGGGACUCCAAGAGGCCCAGAAUUCACGUGGAGACAACCAGCGAGACCCAAAUUGCCAGCGACAUGAGCAUUGAGCACUUCAACACGGAUCACGCCGGAGAAUACACUGCCAUUGCGUACAACGUGACGGGUGAAACCGAGGCGCGCUUCAAACUCUCGAUGCUCAACACGCCGCCGUCGCUCUUCAAGAACCUGGAGCGCUUCGUGGAAGUGGACGAGGGCGAGAAGCUCCUGCUGAGCGCCAUUCUCGCCGGAAGUCCCAUUCCACAAGUGCAGUGGUUCAAGGAUGGCGACAAAUUGGAGCCGAGCGAGCACGUUAAGAUGACGAAUCUGCCAGAUGGAACAGUAAAGCUAGAAAUAGAACAUGCGCAGCCAUCAGACUGCGGCGCCUACAAAUUGGUCAUUUCCAAUGCAAAUGGCACGAGCGACGCUCUCUGCGCUGUGGCAGUAAAUCCCGAGCCAAGACGUCCAUCCUUUGUCAAGCCGCUCAGUGACGCCAAAGUUGUGGUUGGAGAUGUUCUCAAGCUGGAGGCGGAAGUCAUUGGAUUCCCCGUGCCGGAAGUGCAGUGGUUCAAGGAUGGCGUUCCUGUUCGCCUCUCGCCAGAAGUCAACUUCAUCUGCCAGCCCAAUGGAAUCAUUGGUCUGGUCAUCGAUUCAGCACGUGCUGAAGAUCAAGGCACUUACACGGUGAAGAUCAUGAACAAACUGGGCGAUGUUGAGGGCAAGGCUCAUGCUGAGGUGGAGCCGAAGCCCCAGAAGCCCGGCUUUGUGGCUGAACUCAAGGACGCCAAGGGCAUUGAAGGCUUCCCGGUGACCAUGAAUGUGAAGACAACUGGUCAUCCGCCGCCAGAGAUCAAGUGGAUGCACAACGGCGAGGAGAUUCGUCCUAGUGAGCACUUCAAGGUUGACACAACUCCCAAAGGCGCCUCCACGCUUGUGAUUGAUCGCGUGGAGCCCAAAGACGCCGGAGAGUACAAAGUCAUUGCGACGAAUGACGAAGGCGCGGCCACGAGCAAGGCUCAUCUCUCAGUCAAGCCCAAGAUGGACGAGGCUGAGCCUGAGGAGGCGCCGAAGUUCCUCAACAGUCUGCGCGACGUGAAUGUGGACGAGGGCAAGCCCAUGCGACUCCAGGCGCCCUUCUCCUCGAAUCCCAUCCCAGAGAUCUACUGGACAAAGGACGACGUGCCGCUCGUGCCGAGCGAUCGUGUUCUCGUCACUUGUGACGGCAAUCACGUGGGCUUGGUGGUCAAUCCCGUGGAGAUCACAGACUCUGGCAAGUACAAGUGUCUCUUGGCCAAUCCUCUGGGUGAGGAUCAGUCCGAGUGUCAGGCCAGCGUGAGGAAAGUGUAUCAGCGUCCUCAGUUCACUCACAAGUUGAUCGAUCUGCAGGAGCUGCCGAAGAACGAUGCCAAGUUCCCGUACAAACUCACCGGAAUCCCUGCUCCUGACGUCACUUGGUACUUCAACGACAAUCCCAUCUCCGAUGGGCACAAGUACAAGAUCAAGAGCGAAGGCGAUCUCGGGUGUUUGUACGUGAAGAAUUGCACACCAUCUGACUCUGGGGUGUACAAAUGCGUGGCACGCAAUCGCGAGGGUCAGGACAGUACCCAGGCUCGUCUGGAUGUUGUGGACAAGAUCGAACGACGUGAGAGAGCAGAACCGCCGUCCUUCCUCAAGAAGAUCGGAGACACUGAAGUCUUCCUGGGCACGAAAGCCAAGUUCACAGCCUGCGCCAAUGGCUUCCCUGAGCCCCAAGUCGAGUGGUAUCACGAUGGCAUCAGGCUCUUCCCCUCGGAACGCAUCAAGAUCGAAGCUGAGGCUCACGGACUUCUCCGACUCUCCAUUGACAACAUCAACGAGAAGGAUGUCGGCAAGUACAAGUGCCUGAUCUUCAAUCCCCACGGAGAGGAUUACUGCACAGCUGAUCUCUUCACAGAGACUCUCGAUGAACACGGCGGAAAGGGACUUGGCGAUCAGUACAGCGAGUUCGACAAGCACAAGCGCUCAGGAGCUCCUGUUCCUCUGCCAGAUCGUCCUAUCAUCUCCAAGAUGACAGACCGUCGCCUCACGCUCACCUGGAGACCUUCGUUCCCCUCGACCGGACGCUUCCCAGUCACCUAUCAGGUGGAAAUGCUGGAGCUGCCGGACGGAGAUUGGUUCAAUGUGCGCUCAGGCGUGCGAAAUUGUGCCUGCGAAAUCCGCAAUCUCGAGCCCUAUCGCGACUACAAGUUCCGCAUCCGUGUGGAGAAUAAGUUCGGCGUGAGCGAUCCCAGUCCCUACGCUCAGACCUACCGCCAGAAGCUGGAGCCGGAUCCGCCCAAGUUCUAUCCCUACCUCCUGCCAGGCAUCGACUUCCGUCCCAAGACCUCGCCGUACUUCCCCAAGGACUUCGACAUCGAGCGUCCGCCGCACGACGGAUACGCCCAGGCGCCCGUCUUCCUGCGCCAGGAGCACGAUUGCCAGUACGGCGUGAAGGGGCACAACGUGAAUCUCUUCUGGUACGUCUACGGCUAUCCGAAGCCCAAGAUGACGUACUACUUCAACGACGAGCUGAUCGAGCCCGGCGGCAGAUUCGACUGGAGCUACACGCGCAACGGCCAGGCGACACUCUUCAUCAAUCGCAUGCUGGACAGGGAUGUUGGGUACUUCGAGGCUGUGGCGAAGAAUGAGCACGGCGAGGCGCGGCAGAGAGUGAAGCUGGAGAUCGCUGAGUUCCCACGCUUCAUUCAGCGCCCCGAGGAGACAUACAUCAUGGCCAGGAAGCACGGUCGCUUGGAGGCCAAGGUCACGGGAGUUCCCUUCCCUGAGCUCAAGUGGUACAAGGAUUGGCAGCCGCUGGCCGAGAGCUCGAGGAUAAAGAUGCAGUUCUACGAGCCAGACACUUGCGUCCUCCUCAUCAGUGACGCCAUUUACAAGGACGAGGGCUUGUAUUCCCUCUCUGCUCGCAAUGUGGCCGGCUCCGUCAGCUCUUCGGCGAUGAUCCACAUCGACGACGACGAGGACGAGUACAUCUACCACGCGCACUCACGCCGACCCUACGUGCGAUCCAAGCAGCGCCCAUACGAGGACGCCUACGACAUCGGCGACGAGCUGGGCAGAGGCACUCAGGGCAUCACUUAUCACGCUGUCGAGAGGGCGACUGGCAGGAACUUCGCCGCCAAGAUCAUGCACGGCAAGGAUGAUCUACGCGCCUUCAUGUUCAACGAACUGGAGAUCAUGAACUCGCUGAAUCACAAGAAACUCAUCCGGCUGCACGAUGCUUUCGACACGAAUCGCUCGAUGACUCUGGUGAUGGAAUUGGCGGGCGGAGGAGAGCUGGUGCGAGACAAUCUGCUGAAGAGGAACUGGUAUACUGAGCGCGACAUCGCCAUCUACAUCAGACAACUCCUGCUCGGCCUGGAUCACAUGCACUCAUGCGGCAUUGCUCAUCUGGGCCUGAACAUCAAGGAUCUGCUGAUUGCGCAUCCGGGCAGUGAUGAGCUGAAAGUGUGCGACUUCGGUCUGGCCAGGCGCAUCCAGAGCGGCAGACAAGGCCCGCUGGAGUACGGAAUGCCCGAGUAUUGCGCCCCAGAAGCCGUCAAUCUCGAGCCUGUGUCGUACAGCUACGACAUGUGGGCCACUGGCAUCCUGACUUACGUCCUCCUGAGCGGAUCAUCGCCGUUCCGUGGCGACAACGACCGCGAAACCCUGACGAAUGUGCAGCAGGGCAAGUGGGAGUUCCGCGAGAGUGUGUGGAAGUACAUCUCAGAGGAGGGCAGAGACUUCAUCUCCAAGCUCUUGAUCUACAUGUCUGAGAAGCGAAUGGACGUGAAGACAGCGCUGAAGCAUCCCUGGUUCAAUCUCAUCCACCGUCGUGUUGAUGAUGAGUAUCGCAUCAGCACUGAUAAGCUGAGAACUUAUCAGUUCCAGUUCCAGGACUGGUACAACAACGCCUCCUGCAGGACCUGGUACAGACGUCGGCCGCUCGCCGGCGCCUUCAGUCACCCAUCGAAGAUGGUCUAUCCGCCAGGAGAAGUCUACACGCCCGGACCGACUCCGGACAGAGAAUCCAAGGUCAAGUCGAAGCGCGGCCCGAUGGAGGACUACGUCGGCCGGGAGCCUGCAGAGUAUGAAUGCGGAGUCUUCCAGUCUGAAAGCCACUACCAAUACGGACCGGACACAUAUUUGCUUCAGCUUCGCGACACUGACUUCCCAGUUCGUCUGCGUGAGUACAUGAAAGUCGCUGUCCACCGCUCGCCUGGCUUCUCCUACAAUCUCAGCGAGACACAGUACGAUUGGUCCCUGCCGAUCAUCCGGGAGCGCCGUCGCUUCACUGACGUCAUGGACGAGGAGAUUGACGACGAGCGCCGCUCCAGAAUCAGUUCCUACGGCUCCAACGACGGCUACAGCAUCCGCCGGCUGAGGACGGAGCUGGGAUCGCGCCUGGACACAUACGUGGAGGCAGACGCGCUGAUUGAGUCGAAGAAGAUGGGCCAUCCGCCCUUCUUCCGCGAGAAGCCCCAAAUGCUCGCCAUCACAGACAACGAACCCGCCCAGCUGCAGUGCUUCGCCGUGGGCGAUCCAAUUCCCGUCGUGCAGUGGUUCAAGAACGACAUGGUGUUGACUGAGAGUCGCCGCGUGAAGAUCGUGACGGACGAGGCGGGCAGAUCGAUACUCAAAUUCCAGCCGGCCGUGCACUUCGACGAGGGCAUCUACAAGGCUGUCGCGAGGAACAAGGUUGGACAGACGGUGGCCAGGACGAGAGUGGUGGUCGCCACUCUGCCAGACGCUCCGGACUCUCCGGAGGCGAGCAGCAUCAGUGACACGGAAGUGCUGCUGCGCUGGAAGCAGCCGCGCGACGACGGCCACUCCUCAGUGCUCUGCUACAUGCUGCAGUACAAGCUGGCCAGCGACGACACGUGGCUCACGGUGGCGGACAACAUUGAUCAUGAGUUCUAUCUGGCGCACGAACUGGAGGAGCGGCACAACUACCAAUUCCGCCUGGCGUCGCGCAACAAGAUCGGCUGGAGCGACAUGGGAAUCCCCACGCAGAUCAUCACGACGCGCGAGGCGGGCUGUCCCAAAGUCACCCUGUCGCGCGCCAUGCGCCACCUGCAGAACCUGACCGAGGGCGGCCAGGAGAUCGCGUGGGAGGAGCAGAAGCACCAUCCCGACUAUCGCUUCGAGCGCGAGCCCGUGGAGUGGACGAAGGAGAACAACCUGAGCCAGUACUACAGCUUCAUCUCGGAAAUCCACCGCGGCAAGUUCUCGAUAGUGGUGAAGGGCGUGGACAAGGCCACUGACCACGUGGUGGUGGCGAAGAUCUUCGAGCUGAACGCAGACUCGGAGGCUGAAGUGCAGCACGAGUUCAAUCUCUUCCGCACGCUGCGCCACGAGAGAAUCCCCGCCCUGCUGGCCGCCUUCCGGCCGCAGAACUCCCCCAUCGCUGUGCUGGUGCAGGAGAAGCUCCAGGGCGCCGACAUCCUCACCUACAUGGCCAGCCGCCACGAGUACAGCGAGCAGGUCGUGGCGACCGUGGUCACGCAGAUCAUCGACGCCCUGCAGUACCUGCACUGGCGCGGCUACUGCCACCUCAACCUGCAGCCGGACAACGUCGUGAUGGCGUCCGUGCGCUCUGUCCAGAUCAAGCUGGUGGACUUCGGGGCGGCGCAGAGGGUGUCGAAGCUGGGCACCAGCUGCCCAGUCACGGGCUGGCUAGACUUCUCGGCGCCCGAGAUGAUCAACGAGGAGCUGAUCUAUCCGCAGACGGACAUCUGGUCCGUGGGUAUCCUCACGUACGUCCUCCUGUCCGGCGUAAGUCCGUUCCGCGGCGGCAACGAGUCGGAGACCAAACAGAACAUCACAUUCGUGCGCUAUCGCUUCGAGAAUCUCUUCAAAGAGGUCAGCCAAGAGGCCACGCGCUUCAUCAUGUUCCUCUUCAAGCGAGGACCCAGCAAACGUCCCACUUGCGAAGAGAGUCUGGAACACCGAUGGCUCAUGGCCACAGAUUACAUGAACAAGAAGCGCGAGAGAGCUGUCUUCCUAGGAAACCGACUGAAGGACUUUUCGGAGGAAUAUCACACGAUGAAGAUGAACGAGGCGAUGCAGUCGGACACCAUCAGCUCGUCCUUCAUGAGCGGCGGUCCUUCGCCGAGGCAAUUGCUGCGCUCCAACUCCAUCCAAGAGGAACUCUCGGCCGCUCUGUAGACAUCGGCGUCAGAAUAUCCUAAUGAAAUCUUACUGCUAUAUCAAAUGAGCUUUCUUUUAACAUGUUAUUAAUCGGUGGGGGUGUUUUAUUGGAGGCGACAAGCGAAAACCAACACAGUGAUAAAGAUUUCAAUAAAUUGUUGUCGAAUAA